UAUAAAAAAUAUUUUUUACGCCACUAGAAGAGGUUUGUCGCGUCGCAUGUGAUUGAGUCUAUUCGUCUACUGAACGCGACCAUUUGCAGUAAAUAUCCGAAAAUAACCUCUAUAAUUUCGAUGAAAAUUUGUUUUAUAAUAUUGUUUAUAUAUUAUCGCUGAAAAUGUCUUAUAAAGCACAUUUGGAUAUGGAAAUACGAAAAUUGAGGCCCGCUGAGUUAUAUACUUUAGCAAGUAUAUUAAGCAUUUCUGAUUCGUGGAAGAAAUUAAUGUCUAUUGUGGCUAAAAAAGGAAAUGUUCCCAAAUUUAGUAGUGAUCAUAUCAGCAUCAUUGAACAAAUGGCAAAUAGCGAUAAACGCAACGCAGCUCAAAUAUUUUUGGAUGAGUGGAGUACUAUGGAGAAAAAGAGACCAACAUUAAAAUUAUUACAAGAACUUCUUGUAAAAGCAGAGCUAUUUAGAGCUGCUGAUUAUGUGGCAUGUGAUAUAUUAAAACAGGAAAAACCAAAGAGGCCAGAUUAUGGUCCAGCUCAUUCUAUUGAUACGAGUGAUACAGUCAUAAAUAAACUACUAGAUAAUCAAAUGCUUCCACAGGACACAUUUGCUAAUCAUACGAUAUUAAAACCAACAUCAGAGCUGAUUUCAGAAAUUAAUAGAAUAUAUCCCUCUGAAAAACCUGCAACUGUACAGGCAAUGCAAAAUUAUAGAUGCGAGGAAUUAUCGUCUGAAGAACUGCCAGUAGUUCUUAACAACUAUAAAUAACAUGCAAAGGCAGUGCUUAAUGUUUAUUUAUUUAAACUGUCUAAAAUAAUGUUUGAAAUUAAUCUAGGUUUAUAAUUUGUAAAAACAUAAAUAUGACAACUAUUUAGAAUACGGACUGCACCUCCAAUUUUGAUGAAAUUAGGCUUAUUCAACGCGUUUUUGUUCGAAAUGAAAGAAUCUGGCAAAAAAAGCUACGGUUCCAUGAAUCGAGAUAUUAAGCGUUAAAACGACGACAAUUUAGGUUAGGAAAUCUGUCGUACUAACAAGACAGUACAUUUUGAUCACAUGUGCAUGCACUGUGACUGUACUCUCUGUUACGCCACUGUUGUAAACAUAAUAGAAAAGGGUAUAAAAGGUCUCUAUUUUAAUAACGUCAAAAUUAUAUAAGGAAAUAAUUUGUGUUUGUAAAGCAGAGAAUAUGAUUGUGAACGAGUGAUUGAAUUAAAUUGAUAUUAAAAACAA